AUUUUAUAUUAGUAGCGUCGCGACGACGUCGAGAUCGUCUGAAUUCGAUGACAAUAAUAAUCAUCAUUAGAGUGAUGAAUUUCAGUUUAACGAUUGAUUUAGAGUAGCCGUUCGGAUGAUCGAUUUAUCGAUUGCAAGUUCGUUAUUAGCCAAUAUGCAGCGAGCGCGCGUGCAGUAAAGUGUUGAUAUAUUUUUCUUAUCGCUCAAAAGAGGAAAAAAUAACGCAUAAUUUUCAGGGCAGUUCAGUGAAAGUAAUGUGAAAAUUGUUUCGCGUGAUAAGACAUUACCACAGUAGAGAGAAAGUAGACGAUGAAUCAGACUCCAACCGAUGCGACUCAUCGUCAAAUCAUCGAAUUCGAAGAGUUGAUAUCGCGUUUCGAGCGUAUCAACGAUGGAACAUACAAUCAACCACAGCAACAGACAUUGAGUUUAGACAAAGGCCUGGACACUUUUAAUAAUGAGCAUUACGAUUUGAAUACAAGCCCGGCUUUAUCUUUGGAUUGCAAUAGACAAUUGCCAGUGCAGCAACUUUCGAAUUUGGCUAUACUCAAAAAUCUAGCGAGACUGUCAAGGUCGACCGCGGCUACUGCUGCUCCUACCACUACUGACUUCCUAGACCAGAAUAAUCAAGCCGGUAGUGGUGGUGCUACAAUUUCUGCCGCUGUUGGUCAACAGCCGGCAGAAUUGUUCGCCCAAAAAAUCAUUCCAGAGAAACAGUCAACACUGUCACAAGAGAAACCGGUGCGCGUAAAUAUUGGCAUUGAUGAAGAUUUACAAAUGAUCCUGGAAAUGGAUCCGUCUAUUGUGGACCGAGUACCACCGACGGCUGGUUCGAAUCAUAGCAAAAUGGCCAUGACAACGCCACGAGCAUCCACGCGACCACAAGGCUGCCCACCGACUUUUAAAACAGCCACGCCAACAUCGCGCACUCAGCUGAAGUUGCAGUUGAUGCGAGAACAGCAUCAGGAGCAGGAGAGACGCGAGGCUGAACUUCGACAGACGUUGGAACAACAGAGGCCUCAGGCCGCUCAACCGCGAUCUGUACCCCCAGCAAACACGCAAUUAUCCACCAUAGGUGUUGACGUGCCGCCGCAAGUACUGCAGGUUCGGACCCUUUUGGAAAAUCCGACCCGUUAUCACGUGGUCCAAAAACAGAAGAAUCAAGUUCGACAGUACUUACACGAGUCAUUCCGCGCUGCCGAUAUUAGCGGAAUAGAUACAAGUACAACUGGAACGACCAACAAUAGUACCGAUAACAGUAGCUGCGUAAGUUUAGACAGCAGCUUAGGGCUUGAUCAUCAUCAGCAGUUGAUAGUUCAAAGUGCUCCGCCACCUCCAGCUGGUUCUAUAAUUGCAAAUAUCCAUCAACAAUCGUCGUCUGUACCACCAGUUCGUCAACCUCACAAUCAACAUCAACAUCAACAUCAUCAUCAUCAUCACCAUCAUCUUCAUCAACAACAACAGCAUCAGCAACAGCAUCGGCAACAAACCGGGUCAACGCAUUAUUCGAUAUCAGAAGCUCUAAUUGGUACACCUGCGAUUCAUCAACAGGAACUACUUGGUUCAGAUCCCAAGUUGGGCGCCAUGUCUCCAAGUUUGAGCAGCGUGGCCACCAGCAAUUCCGAGCCUGAAGAUUUAUUGGACGACUUACUGUCGUUCGAGGCUAACGAGGUCCACUCCGGCAGUUUGAGUAACCUCACCGAUUUGACGAUCAAACCCGAACCUCUGCUUAUCACCGACGUUGACAUUACAGCACUUACCAAAGAUCGGCAAAAAAAAGACAAUCACAACAUGAUUGAACGAAGGCGAAGGUUCAACAUCAAUGACAGAAUCAAAGAACUCGGAACUCUUUUGCCUAAAACCAAUGAUCCAUUUUACGAGAUUGUCCGAGACGUAAGGCCAAACAAAGGAACAAUUCUCAAAUCCUCGGUGGAGUACAUAAAGCUGCUGAAGAGUGAGCUGUCGCGCGCGAAGGCGUCGGAAAACAAAAGCAAACAACUGGAGAUUCAAAAUCGACGCCUGAUGCUACGCGUGCAGGAGCUCGAGCUUCAAGCGAAGGCACACGGUAUACCAGUUACGGAUUACGGAUACACGCCAUCCGUGGUGUCGGUCAGCAACCUCAUCAAUUCAUCCUACAUGAGAGGCAGCAGCGCGAGCGACAUCAGGCAUCAGGAUCAUCAUCACCGUUGCCCAAGCAUCAACCGGUUGCCUGAUCUGAUAUCGGAAGAUGCCUCAACCCCCGAUUUAGGCAUAGGGGCGUUCGACGAACUUAUGGACGAGGAUCGCCAUGGACCAAUACACGGCACCGGUGAUCCAAUGUUGUCCUCGCCGCAUUUAGUAGCGCCACUCUCGCCACCCCAUUGCCAUCAUACGCUACUGACCGACGAGGAUACUCUGGGAAGCCUGACGCCAACGACCUCUAAUUCGUCAUCCGACAUGGAUAUCGUCGCGUAGCCAAGGUUGCUAGGAACCUUGCGCAAAUCGACAUUUGGUUCCCAUUUUGGACAAUAAAUGAGAGCUCAUGCUUCUUAUAGUGUACGAAACGUUUAAAAGAGUCCUACAUUAAUUUCAAGUACAGCCAAUUGUGUUUGUUUUUUGUAAGAAUUAUUAAUAGUAGUUGUAUGCAGUAUUUUUUUCGAGGAAACGAAAAAUAGUAACCCGAUACGAAAAACACCACCGCGUAGUUGUGAAUGACUCAUAUAAUUUGUUCUUGAAUGAAAAAAAUAAAAUCAAACCAACAGUGAAGCGCAUUUUCUUAACAUUUUUUUCUUUUUUUAAUUUAUAUCAUCAUCCAAGUAAAAUCUUGCAAGCUUCAAAUCUUUAGGUAUGUUCGUGUGUUUGAAAAUAUAAUACGCACUGCCAGCAAUGCUGACACGAGUAUUGAAUCAAUGAUUUUUUUCCAAGUGAAUUAAAAUUGCAAAUAGAAUUUGAGCGCGUUUGUUGAUAUUACUGCUCUUAUUGUUCAAGCUAUAUUCCUAUUUAAUUGUAAUAAGCGUAGUCUGUCAAUGUUAUUGAUAUUGUGUGGUUGAUGGAUUUUAAUUUGACUUUUGCUAAAUUUAUCCAGCAUCAAAAAUAUUUUCAAACUGGUAGGUAAAAGAAAAAAAUUGAUUAAUCAAAUAUGUUUAAAACAGCGCUUAC